AAUUUCACCUCCAUUUCUUUAACCCAUUCGAAAAUCUAUAGGAAUCGAGUUAUCUAAAUCGGAAGAAAGUUCAAAGUUAGAAGUUUGAAGCUGCAAGUGUUUGAAGUUGUUUGGAGUUUUGAAGUUGUUCAAAGUUUUGAAGAACAAAUUUGAAGUUUGUGGCGGGCUGCGAGAGCAUAAGUUGCAAGGCUUUGUGAUAAGUAGUAUGCAAAGGCUUUUUAGAGCAUGGAAAGCUCGAUUGCACACUGAUUACCUCCGUUAUUCUACUGAUGAAGAAAGAUUGUCUCAUCGACCUGAGGAUGUUCAGUUGGAGGACUGGAAAUACCUAGUAAAGUAUUUUGGAAGUGAGGAAUUCAAGGUUGUCAGUGAGAGAAACAAAAGAAAUAGGGCAAAGCAAAUAACUAAGCAUGCUUGUGGUACAAGGUCUUUUGCAGAAGUAGAAGAAUCUACGAGAGAUCCGGUUUCUGGAGAAAAGGACACACUAGAUAAAGUGUGGGAGAUCCAACAUACACAUAAGAAUGUUAAUGGAGAACGGGUGUGGUUGGAUUCAAAAUCCCAACAAAUUCAUGACCAGCUCCAUCAACUUGUUGUUGAACAACAAUAUGAAGAGGUCGAGAAUCCCAUGACUAGAGAAGAGAUGUAUUCAUCCAUUCUUGGUGAGAGACCGGGCUAUGUGCGUGGUUUUGGAUAUGGAAAGAAGCCUCCUAGAAAGACUCAAAUGCGACGAGGAAAACAUAGAAGCUAG